UUGAUGAACAAUAAUAGAAAUAAAAGAGAAUGAUUCUAAAAUAUCUUAUGUCUAAAUGAUAUAUCUGAAUAAAUUAGCAAGAUAUGAUUUUAAUAAAAUUUUCAAUAAUAAUAUAUGACUUAUAUCUUUUUCUGUUAUUAUUGGCACUUUUAAAGUAAAGAAUGGAGGAAAGAUACAUGAUGUUUGACCUUACCUGAAUAUCAUGUAGAAAUGAGGAGGAAUAUGAAAAGGUCUGAUCUACGUCGAGACUUAAUGCGAUUAGUUUACCCCAGUAUAGACCCUAUCCAAUUAGAUCUGGAAAAUCAGAACAAUGAUAUUCUGUUUUGCCAUAUUAGAAAAACUUUCACUGCCAUUGACUUUACCAGUUGUCUUUUUUUUGUUAGAGUAUACUUAAAAUUAGAAAGAGUUGAAAAUAAAUAAUGCAGUGGUUUGUAUUGCUUUUAUUUGUACAGUGCAUAAUGUGGAGCGCGUCUGAGAAAUCAUCAGACGCUAUGGAAGGUGGCCCUCCUGAGGCUGUGGUACACACGAAGGAGACAUGUGAGCAGAAUAAAAAUCAAUUAGAAUCCCUCAAAGAAAUCAUGAUGAGGAAUCAACAAAGUUUAAAGAGAAAAGAAGAAGAAGUCCAGGAAUAUGCACGAAGAUUAUCAAAAAUUAAAUCCAGAGCCAAAUUAUCACGUCGCAGUAAAGAAGAAGCUUCAUCAUCUAACACAACGCAUUUACAUAAGACUGAAUCUACAGCAAAGGAUAUAGCAGAUGAUACAAUUGAUGACAUAAGUCAAGCGAAAACCCCAAAAGCAAAAUCUUCUUUACUUCAACGAAAGUUGGCAGAAAAUAGAAAAGUAUUUGAGCAACGUAGCAAAGAAUUGACAAAAACAAAACGAGAAGUGGAAGAGAAAGUGGAAGCUAUCAGGCAACAAUUGGAUGAAACAGAUUUAGCAGCAGCGGAAUAUAAGGAUCAAUUAGCUAUCACACCAAUUAGGCCUCUUGUCAUUACUUCAGAUGUGAUGUCACCAAUUCAAAUUCAAGACAUUCAAGAAAAGGAGAAAAAAAUCACGGAACUAAAUAACAAAAUUAUCGAGUUGGAAGCUACUAUCUUGGACCUUCGAGAAAAUUUAAAAGAGAAAGAUUCUGUUAUUGACUCCAAAACAAAAGCAGUUACUCUUAUGUCUGCAGACCUCUCUAAGAAGGGUAAAACGACAUUAGAUACUCUCGAAGAUACGAAAGACGAAAUGCGAAUAAUGCAAGAAAAUUUUGUCUUAAUCGAAACGUCUCUGAAAAAUAAGAAUAGUAGUUUGCUAGAACAACUACAAGAAAGAGAUAACAGGUUAUCGGAAUUAGAACGUACAGUCAAUAGAUUUGAAGAACAACUCAAAAAACAAAAGAUAGCUGAAUCAGCAAGUGCGGAUUUUUCACGUUCCACUAUGGAUACUUUAGCGGAGACUAAAGAUGCAAUGAAAUCAAUGCAAGAAAAUUUUGUUCUUGUUGAAUCGUCGUUAAAAUUGAAAAAUGAUAAUCUUCUUCAGCAAUUGGAAGAAUAUGAAAUAAAAUUGGCAGAAGCCAAAGAAAGAAUAUUUCAAUUGGAAUCUGGUGCUGGUAUAGUGACAACUCCAGCAGUCGAAGAUUUACAAUUUAGGAUAGAGAAAUUGGAACAGAAUAAUCGACAGCUUCUAGAUGAGAAAUAUAAAUUGCAGAAAAAUAUUGCGGAAUUACAGGAUAAAAUAAUUGCUAGUAAAUCAGUUCAUGGUAAUGAUGCAAUUAUCGAAAAAGACAAUAGAAUAUCAGAACUUGAAAAUUUAAUAGAGGAACUUAAAGAAUCGAAUAAACUAUUGGAAGAAGAAUCGAAGGCUGAGUUGCAGAAACAAGUGGUCGAAUUGUCAUCCAAAAACGAAGAACAAUCCAAUAAGAUUAUUGAUCUUGAGAAGCAAGUACAUGAACUCGAAGCAGAAAGGAAUGAUAUUGCAGCGAGAUUGUCAACUGAGCAAGCAGUACCUAAAGCAGACAUAGUAAUAAAAUUGACAAAAGAAUUAGAAGAUUUAAAUAAAAGUAUGAUCAAAUUAAAGGCUCAACAUAGAAGUAAAGUGAAAAACUUACAGAAGCAAUUGGAAAACUUCAAAAUGAUAUCCGAUACAAAUGCAGAACUCGUUAGAUUAGGCAAUCAAGUGGCAUUAUUGGAAGAGGAGAAAGGUAACCUUCAGCUGAAUCUGGUAGAUUUUGACGAGCUUAAAGCCUCGGCAGGAGAUUGGCAAGAACGUGUUGCUGACCUGGAAAGUAAAGUUUCAUCUCAAACAAAAGAGAUACAGAUGCAUAUUGAUGCAAUCGCCACCUUAGAGAACCAAAAGUUAGAUCUAAUGCAAGAGCUUCACACAGUAAAGCAGGAAGUUGUAGCUUUAGAAGCUGAGAAUGCGGAAUCAGAAAAUCUCAGAGUGACUGCAGAGAUGAAGAUCGUCGAACUGGAAGAGCAACUGGAAACAGCACACAAAGAACAAAGUGAUAAUAAAUUUGAAUCCGAAUAUCAUGAACUCUUAAAAAAACUUGAUAUCUUGACGCAGGAGAACUCAGAAUUAUAUAACAAAUUAAAUAAAAUAGAGGAGAAGGGUGCUUCAGAUACUGGUUCGACAGAAUCUUUCGAAGCUAUUCAAAUGAAUGAUAGAAACGAUUUAUUGAAAAAAAUUGAGGAUUUAGAACAGAAGAAUAAUGAAUUAACACUUAAAUUAUCGAAAUUAGAGGAAAAGGAUGGUUCACAUGCCGGUUCCACGGAAUCUUUCGAAACCAUAAAUGAUACAGAUCGUAGUGAAUUGAUGAAGAAAAUCGAGCAAUUGACACAGGAGAACAGUGAUCUGACCAUAAAAUUGAAUAGGAUUGAAGAAAAAGGUUCGUCCGAUACAGGUUCCACAGAAUCAUUUGAGCGCAUCUCAGAGCAAAAUGACAACACGACAAAGAUCGAAUUACUUACUCAAGAGAAUAAUGAGCUUGUUAUCAAAUUAACAAAACUGGAAGAACGAUUAAAUCAAAUAGAAGGCAGUGCUCAAUCGGACAUCUCCAAGAUUGAUAGCAACUUACGAUUGCAGAUCGAGACGCUUACCCAACAAAAUGAUGAUUUGAUGGAAAAGAUAUCCAAACUUAAAAUACAAAUAACGGAUCUCACAGAUGAAAAUAACAGGCUGCAAAAUCGUAUAGAAAUGUUGACAACAGAGAAUACUGAGUUAGUUAUAAAUCGCACGAAAUUAGAGGAACGUCUUGAAGUGGAAUUGUCUCAUAUUUCUCAUAUGUCAGUUCAGAUAACAGAAUCUACUGAUCAAAUUAAUGUCUUAAGAGAGAGACAACAAAUUCUUGAAAAGGAACUGGCACAAUUGCGGAAAGCUUCAGUAGAACAAUCCAUUAAUGUAACAUCGUGUGAAACUGAUGAUACAAAGUCUAAACUCGCAACAUUGGAGAAAGAAAACGCGCAAAUGAUAAUGACGAUUUCACAGCUCGAACAACAUAUUAACAGUCAAGUAGAAGAGUUAAAUAAAAUUACUAAAGAGAAAGAAGAUCUGGAUCUGAAGCUGGAACAUAUGACGAGUAGUGAUUUCUCUAGAGAAAGAUUGGAACUAAUCGAUAAAUUGGAGAAAUUGAACCAAGAGAAAGAGAAUGUUGCUCAUGAAAGACAGGAACUGCACGAGCAAAUAAGUAUGCUUUUACAGAAAUCGUCUGACGAAAUUUCGGAGAUACGAAAAGCAGAGGAAGAUGCGUGUCAGGAAUCGCAAGCAGUAAUUGUAGCAUCUUUGGAGAAGGAAUUAGAGAAUAGCAAAAUAUUAAUCGUGGAGUAUCAAAAUCAGAUAGAGGAAAUGAAUAUGAAGUUGGAGAGCAUGGAAGCCGAGUUACAGGAAAAAGCUAAACGAUUGCUAGAGUAUGAAGCAUCGGAUGGAAAAUUGGAGAGUUUAGAACGUGAACUGAAGGAUAUGUUUGUUACUGCAGAAGAAUGGAAAUUCAAAUAUGACGAGAUGCAAGAAAAAAUGCAAGCUCUGGAACAAGGAAAAACAUCGAUAGAAGAAGCUUUCAAGACAUUGGAAGAUGGUAACAAGGAAUUGCUAGAAGUGAUAAAAGAAAAAGAUGUGGCAACUGUUACUUUACGAGAACAUCUUCAAGGUAUCAUAGGCUCUCUCGAGACAAAAUUACAAGAUGAAGUAGCGAAUAUAACUGCGAAAGAACACGAAGUUACAAAUUUGAAGGCAGAAAUUGAAAGGAAAGAUCAAGAAUUGCAUACCAAAUAUUCACAGUUGCAAAAUGGAAUGAUUACUAUAGACAAUUUACAAGACGAGUUGAAUAAUUAUUCGAUCAAACUUAAAGAAAACGAAGUUGCUUUAUCUUCAUCAUUAGGAGAAGUUGCGAGACUUAGUAAUAUAGUAAAGGAAAAAGAAGAGGAAGUCCAUAUUCUAACUAGUAAAAUUACUGAAAUAUUGGAACAAUCUAAGCCUAUAACAGAAUUUAAAAAAAUAUUAGAGGAUUUGCAAAAUAAAGAAACAAGUUAUAUUGAAUUACAGAAUAAACAUGAAGACAUCUUAAGAGAAAAUAAUGAUUUAUUACAAAAAAUUCAGGAUAUAUCAAAGCAUGACGAAAAUGUUAAAAAUGAACUAUUUAAGAAAGAACAGGAAAUUGAUGGUUUACUUGCAGCUAAAAAAGAUUUGGAAGCACAAAUUGAAGAAAUCAAGAACGAUAAGACUGAAGCUGAAAAACGCAUUUUGGAACUACAAACGAUUUUGGACAAUCAAACUACAUAUGUUGAGAAAAUACAGUCGGAGUUAACGGAUGAAUAUAAGCAGAUGGAACGGCUUAAAAUUAAGCAUAUGGAGGAUAUGGCGAUGUUGAAUCGAAGAUUGGAAGAUGUUAUUGAGGAAUUAGUUGAGAAAACACAGGAAAACGAAGCUAUAAAAGUAGAAUUAGAACAAAAGAAAGAAUUACUCGGUAAAAAUAUCACAGAAGAUGUGAAAACUGUAUUGGAGAGCAAAGUUGAGGACUUGGAACAAAAACUUUCAGAAUCAGAGAGUAAGCUACAGGCGCAAUCCGAAAAGAUGAAAAAAAUUGUGGCAACAUUCAACAAAAAGAAGAUAGCGUGCCAAGAACUCGAAGCGCGCGUCGCUGAGUUGGAGGAGAAAUGGACAACGGAGAAAGAUGAGAAAGAAGUUAAAAAUAAGCAGAUACAGGAAGUGGAAAUUUCCAUGCGAGAAAAGGACAACAAAAUCCGUGAUUUGGAGAAGGAAUUGCUGCAGGCAAAAAAUGAUAUUCUUACAAAUUCAGAGAAAUUUGAGAAGGAAUCAAGCAGUUUGAAAGAAAAGAUUAUGGUGUUAAUGGAGCAUAUUUCAGAAAUGGACGAGGAGGUCGAGAAACAACGGGCAGAAAUAGAACGCAUCUCUCUUGAAGUAAUAGCGGAGAAAACAGCGAAGGAGAACAUUGCCAAAGAGUAUGAACUUUACAAACAAACUACCAGUAAAGAGGAUGAACAAAAACAAACAAUACUGGAUGAGGUAAAAGAAGAGGCGCGAGAAUUAAGUGUUCGCAUGCAAGUGAUGGAGACCGAAUAUGUGGAACAACUUGCUACAAUUAAGAACCUAAUGGCGGAAAAUGGUCUAUUGUUGUCCAAACAAAGACAAAUUGAUGAAAAACUAGAAAAUGCCGAGAAGAAAUCGGAAGAGCGUCGUGUAUUAAUCGAGGAAUUACAGAAGGAGAUUGCAUCUAUGACGGUGACCGCACAAGUUCCGGAACAAAGUGUAAGAGAAGAUGACACACGCAUCGCGCAACAUUGUGACCAUUCCGAACAAUGUCAGAAUUUGAUGCAAGCAUUGGAAGCGCGCUUACAAGAACGUCAAGCGGAAAUUGAAAAUCUGAAUAACGAAUUGGCCAAUUCCUACGGUAAUAUCGUGUUGCUUCAUGAUGAAUCUCAGCGAUAUAAUGAUAUGAUGAUGCAAACUGCUCAGGAGCGCUUUAAUCAGUCACUUGUAGACCAAACGAAUACGUUGCAACAAGAAAUCGAUUCUUUGAAAACAGAAAAGGCCAUGAGCGAACAGAGAGUGUCGGAAUUGGAGGGUGAGUUGGAAAAAUAUAAAUACAAAGACAUGGAAUGCAAAGUUGAAAUUCCUGAUACAACAGAUAUUCCUACUGAAAAUCAGCAACAACAGAGGCUAGAAGACGCUUCACAAUUACUCGAAGCACAAAUCUUUGAUACAGCUAUUGCUUCAGAUAAAGAAGAAAUAGAACGACUGCAAAGUCUACUAAAUGAGAAACAGAGUCAGUGUUCUGAACAUAUGAAACAAAUAGAUCUUUUACUUAAUAAUAUAGAGGAAGAAAAAUUGCUUGUUCAAAAAUUACAUAAUCAAUUUGAUGAUUCACAAAAUGAAUUGAAAAAAAUAGAGAAGCUUCUUUCUGAAAAGAACGCGCAGGUAGAUUCAUUGAAUAUAGAAUUGAAUAAUGUAACUUAUCAAAUGAAUGAAUUGAAAACGUUGCAAGAACAAUAUCAUAUUGCUAAAGCGGAAUCGGAGAGAUUGCAGCAACUUGUGACUGAUAAGAAUACACAGAUGGAUUUAUUGAUUACGGAAUUAAAUACCGUAAAUCAACGAAUACAGCAAUACGCGAAUGUAGAGGAAGAUUUAAAAACAGAAAUCUCACUUAAGGAUACCGAAAUUAAUGCGAUAAAAACAGAAUUAACUUCUAUGAAAGAAACUGUAAAAGCAUUAACGAUAGAACGAGAUCAGCAAAUUGAAUCGUAUAAACUUCAAAUAAAUAAUCUGCAAACAGAAGCAAAGAUCAUUAGUGAUCAUGAUUUAAUACAAGAAUGGAAACAGCGUAUCUCUACAACUACUACAGAGAGAGACUUGCUGCAAUUACAAGUGAAUGAUUUGACACGAUCUUUGGAGGAAUUAAAGGAAUCACUUAUGAGUCAACGUAAUUUACAGGCUGAAUUAGAGAAUGCUUUGCGAGAGAGAGAUCAGGCACAAAUACUCAUCGCGAAUCUCACUCAAGCUUUGGAUGAUUUAAAACAGGAGUCAAAGAUACGUGAAGAUAUCUCGAAACAGUCUUCUUCUGCGGAAAAGUCGAUUGUUCAAGAAGAAUUAAAAGUUCUUACGGUUAUCGAAAAAUCGACUAGCCAACAAGAACAUGUACAAACAACACAAACUCCUAUUGAAAAAGAAGGACAGCAAGAUAUCCAAUUGGAUAUUGGUUGGGACAAUAGUUCUGAGAAUUUUAAUGUCGAUGAAGAAUCUUGGGGUUGGAAUGCGGAGAAUGCUCAAGCGGCAGUUAGCACUCAGCUUCUCAGUACAAUGACGUUGAGCGCCGAAAUGCAGUUACGUGCGAAAGUAGAAGACUUGCAAAAUAAAAUCAAAGAUCUGGAAAUGCAAAAUGCUAGGAUUGCCGAAGAGAACAAAGCAGCGCAGGUAAAGAGUGGUAAGUUAGUAAAGAAAUUGAAAGAAUAUAAAGUACAGAUAGAAGGCUUGCAACAACAAUUAAAAACGCAGAAGCAGGCUGAUAGCUUUUUCGACUUGGAUACGGCGAUUGAAGAGGAAUUGAAGGCGCAAAUCGCCAGUUUGGAAAAAGCUCUUAAUGAAAUUAAGGACGAGAAGAAAAAUAUUAUUGCCGAAAAAGAGGCUUUAUUGAAACGACUUGACGUAGUAGUGUCGGCUAAUGAAAGAUAUAUGGAGAUGAAAGAGAGACAAGAUAUGGAAAUUGAAGUAUUGCGUAUUCAGAACAAGGAACUGAAUAACAAAGUACAAUCCUUAGAGUGGCGACUACAAGAAAAUGUGACUGACAUAGAAAAUGUUACUGUUCUCUCGCAAAAUGAAGAUCAUGAAGUUGAUAAAUCUACUACGCAUAAUCAGUCCCAAAAAAGAUCAGCGGAAUCUAGUGAUGAUUUAGAAGUAAUAUCGAAGAAGUACAAGGAAGAAAUAGACGAUUUAAAGGACGAGUUAGAAGCACUUGCAGCAGAAAACGAACAGUUGCAACACUUUUUAGAAGAGCAAAAAGCAACGAUGGCAAAUUUGGAGUCAAAAGGUAACAGUAAUAUUGAUGAGCUUAUGGAGAAGUUAGAUACAUUAAACAAUCAAAAUGCACAACUAGAAAGUGCAUUAAACAAAAGUAAAGAAGAAUAUAAUGUCCUCAGGAAACAAUAUGAGCAAAGUUUGAUUAACGCAAGUGAUCAAGUAACAGCGAUGCAGCAAGCCAGCGAUCUCCUCAAGGCUGAAUAUGCAACAAAGAUCGACAAAUAUGAAACAGAGAUAAGUCAUUUACAGAAAGUUGUAGAAGAGAAAGAAAUUUUGGAAAGUAAAAUCAAUACUCUAAUGAGAUCAGAAGAGAACCUUUCAGCCGUUAAUGCAUCUCUAAUGGAAGUCACGGAGUUACUUAAUGCAAGAGUUCAAGAAGUUGCUGAUUUGAAGCAAGAACUUCAAGUUCAAUACGUGGAACGACAACAAGCUGAAGCAGCGUUACAAACAGAAAUACAAAAUUUGACAAAAGAAUUGGAUGAGAAGAAACAAGAUUUGGAUACCUUGAAGCAAGCUUUCAGUGACAAGGAGCACGAGUUGGUACAACAAGAAACGGUGAAUGCUAUUGUCAGUGAAGCUACAGAGAAAUUAAUUCAAAAGCAUGCGAUAGAGAUCGAAGAAAAAGAUAAAGAACUGCAUGAUUUAACAGAGAAAUUAAUAGCAUUGCAAUCCACAGCCGACGAAUAUAAUUUGAAACUGCAAGAUUACAUGGAGAAAUUGGAAAUGCAACAGCAGCAAAUUGCAUAUCUGAAAGAGGAUUUAACAGAACGAAAUUCAAUAAUAGGAACUAUUCAAGCUGAUAUGAAUUUGAUGAGCGAAAAAUUGCGAGAGAAACAACAGGAAUUGAUACAAUAUGAGGAAGAAAAGACAAAACUCACGGCAGAAGUGGAAAGAUGUUUAACGGACAUCCAACAUCUGCAGAACCAGUUGAAUGCCACGGAAACAACAAGCACAGUUGACUUACAAGAGUAUACCUCGCGUAUUCACAGUUUGGAACAAGAAAUUCAAGUUUUAAAAUCGGCAAAAGAAUCGUUCCUAUUGCAAUACAAUCGGGAGGCCGAGAUAUAUCAAACGCAACUCGCAAGCCACAAAGAGCAAAUCAAUGCUUUAAAACGUGACUUACAAGAAAAAACCGAGCAGCUGCAUUAUGUGAGUGCGCAAUUGUGUGCUAAGGAAAACGAUCUGGAAGGAAUCAGAGCCAUGAUGAGUGAUAAAGAUUCUUUAUUGGAGAUCAGGAACCAAGAACUGAACGAUAAGCAGGCCGAGUUGGGGAGAUUGCGUAAUCAGCUGAGUUCUCAGAUGAGCGACAGUCUUCCGGUUGCUGGAAUAAGCCACGACGAUGACGCGGAACUACAGAGCGUUAUAAGCGAAUUGAAGGCGCAAAUGGAAGUCAAGCAGCAAGAGCUGGAGCAUUUGAAAUACGUUUUAAGUGAGAAUACGUAUCCUACAAUUAUUCAGCAAAUGCAGGACAGAAUCAAUUGUCUGUAUAAUGAAAAGGCUACGCUAGAGACUUCUUUGCGAGCAACUACGGAGAGCUUGACAGAGAGACAGGAGCAAGUUAAUCUUUUGACGCAACGCAUCAACGGACAAAAUCAGGAGCACAUUUCUAAGGAGGAAGUCGGUUUGCUCUCCAGAGAUCGAAGACGAUCUGUACACGAUCAGGAGGAAAUUGUUAAGUUGCAGAACGAAUUGCAUGCAAAGCAACAGGAGAUUAACGAAUUGAAGUAUAUUAUAGCCGAGAAAGAUUCACAAUUAUCUCUCCAGGCUAGUAUGGAGCCUCAGUCGGACGAUUUCGAAUUGCGUGAAACUGUACAAAGAUUGAUGGGAGAAUUAUACGGCAAGGAGCAAGAAAUACAGAUGUUAAAGUCAACUAUCACGAAGCUACAAGAAGAAGGGAUUUUGCAUCUUAAAGAUUACGAGAGGCUCUCUGAGGAGAGCAGAAAUGCAAUCGAGAGAUUAACUUCGGAGAAAGAACAAAUCCGCAUCGAUGCCGAGGAAUUCUUGAACAGAGAAUUGCAAAAGAAAGAAUCGGAGAUCGAUGAAAUAAAGCAGAGGCUAUCGGAGGAGAAUCAGAAGUUACUUGCGGAACUUCGAUUGAAGGAUAGCGAUAUUGAGAAUCUGAAAGGGCAAUACGAACAGUUGCGAACGACGGCAGAUGAUCGGGGAAAUAAGUUGCGACAAAAAGAAAAUGAAUUGAUGCAUGCAAUCGACGAGCUGGCGGAGAAGGAGAAAAGAUUGGCCGAGCUGAGCAUAACCAAAGACACUGAACUUCAUAACUUAAAGGUGCAGAUCCACGAAAAAGAAUUGCGCAUAGAAGAACUCUUAGCAUUGUCCGCGGAGGAGGAGAAACAAUUGGAUGAAUUGAGACAAACGUUGACAAUUAGCGAGACAGAAGUGAAUAGAUUGAAGGAAUUGUUGGAACAAAAAGUUUCGGAACAUGAACUGAUACAGCACGCCUUGAAGAAAGACGCACCCAUUGUCAUUGAAGCAGCGUCGUCAAAGAGCUCGGAAAUCGUCCAACCAACGGUUGACGACAACAGGGAAAGGACUUCUAACGAAUUAGAUUUCGCACUAUAUAUGCUUCAUCAAAGAGAUGUCAGAUGCGAGGAGUUGACUCACGAACUGAUGCAGUUGCUUGAGGAACGUGAUACGUUACAAUUGCGAUUGUCUAACGCAAUUCGGGUGAACGAAGAGCUCAGGAAAGUUGGCAACGUCGAAGCGAGCCCAAUAAAGGAUUCAUCAUCGGUUUCACAUGCAAUAAUAGAACCUAUCGUGGAACAACCGUCGCCUUCGAAGUCCGAGGGACCAGUUGAAAUCGCGAAAGAAGCUAUCGACACCCCGAUCGAGAACAAAGACGCUCUUGCUCUGAAGUUAUCACAGUUACAUUCAGUCAGUCAUGCAAAGGAUGUACGAUUGAAGGAUGAACGAGAAUUAAGACAUACGCAGCAAAUGUCCUUAUUAGCGCAUAGAGAUGUUUUAAGCACAUUGCCGCCCGAAGCAGCCGCAAGACUUGUCAACGCUAAUUACACGCUCUCUCGAGACGUUCAAAGCCAAUCGAGCGUUCUCUUGAAUUGGUUGUGGGGCAAGAGUACACCAAAAGUGGUGCACAUGUGAUGAACGAAUAGCGGGAAUGAAACAAAAAUUGCUUUUGCCUUCUGGAGACAUUCCUGCCAAGUGCCAACUGCCAAGAUUAUGCCUGCAGUUAAAUAAUGCAUAAUUGGAAUAUCUUGUCGUAUGUUUUAGACAAAAAUCACGUGGUUAUAAAGCAUAGUUUUGUGAGGAUAUUGUGAAUAAUGGAAGGAUGUCAGAAAAAGAUAUUUUUCAAAUUACAUAUACAUGUACAGAAUGUAACUAGCGUUUUUCUCGGAAAAGUCACUCUUUCCUCUUUGAAAAAAAAAAGAGAAUAUGAAGAGCAGACUUAUGUGUAUUAUAAAUAUUGUACAGCAGAUAUGCAUGGGAUAUACAAUGAAACCACAAAUUAGAUAUUUGAUUUUUUU